AAAAAAAAAAAAAAAAAGAUUAUGUCUUCACAAUAUAUGCAAGGCUCAAAUUUCUUGGAGGUAAAACCAAUUCCACCUAUUUCACCUCCUCUUUCUCCAAAUCCAUGUCCUUUAACUAGAGAAAUGACUCAAUCGAAUAAAAAUGAUGAUUUAAAUAAUAAUCCUCUUGAAAGAGGACCAAAUGAACCGCAACAACAACAACAAGAGCAACAACAGCAACAACAACAACAAGAAGAAGUAAAUAAUUUACCAAAAAUUACUGUCACUCAAGAAACUUCAUCAUCAAACUCUCAUUCUAUUACUUCUUCAAUACCUCGUAAUAAAUAUAGAAUGAGAAUUUGUGAAGCACCAAUAGAAAUUUUAACAUUAAUUAAAGCUUCCGAAGAAGAAAAAAAUAAAUCAACUGUUUCGUCAAAUAAAAAAUUCUUUGAUGUAUCAACUGCGGUUUCUGCGUUAACUACAGGAGAAGUACCCGCUGUCCCCGACAUCAUGGGUAGUACAAAUGAUAAAAACAGUUCUUCAUUAAAUCAAUCCUCCAGUCAUAACAAAGGUCGUGUGAUCAUUACGACGCCAAAUAAUACAACAACGGCGCAACAAACAAGUCAACAUAAAAUGAUUACAGAUAAAAAAAAUAAAAGAAAUCGUUCUAGAAAAAAUCCAUAUCCAAAAAAAGCACCAUCAAAAUCUUCACCAGGAAUAACUCUUAAAGUUGAUGUUUUUACACCAUUUAAAGCGGAUCCAACAUCACUUUUAAAAAGUGAUGAUCCACCAACAAAUUCCAAUUCAACAAAUUCAUUAUUCUUUGGAGAUUUUUCAUCAUCUGACUCUUCGCCACCAAAUAGUCCAAGAUUAACAUCUAAAAAACAAAGAAAAACAAAAACAAAGAGAUCAAAAAAUCAUGUUUCAGAAAGAAAACGUAAAGGAAAUAGUCUUGCAAGAGUAAUGGCAGAUCGUGGCUUAUUAGAAACAACUUUUAAUCCUGUUUCAACAACUACAGGGGAAAUUAAACCACUUCGUAUUCCACCUCCGCCUCCAAUGCAAUUUGAUGAAUUAAUAAAAAGUAUUGAUAAAUUAGGUCUCACAACAGAAUUAUUAAAUAAAGCAAAUCCAAGAAUAAACUGGAAAGGACAACCUUUAUCGAUUUUACAUCUUCCACAUUACAAUUCUUUACAUCCAAAAGAAGCAAUUGUGGCUUCAACACUUCGACUUACACCUGUUCAAUACUUGACAGCAAAGAAUACUUUAGUUUCAUCAGCUCGAAGAUAUAUACAAAAAUCUUUACCAUUCCGUAAAAGUGAUGCUCAAAAACUUCUUAGAAUAGAUGUCAAUAAAGCAAGUAAACUUUGGGAAUUUUUUAUGCAAGUAAAAUGGAUCUAAAAAGAAAUUCGGAAUUUUCGGAGUAUAAGGGCUGUACAAUUUUAGUUAAAGUUUAAUUUGGCGCAAAUUUUUGACCUUUUAUUUACUCCCCUUUAAGGUUUUCUUAUCACUUAUUAUUACAUAAAUAAAUUUGGCAUAAAUGGUUUCAUUUUUAGAGUUUAUUUUGAAUAAUAAUAAUAAUAAUAAUAAAUAAAAAAAAAAAAAAGUUUUUUA